CAUCAAAACGCGUUUAAACAGCAGUUGACGUAGUUAAUCUGCGACUUCCCGUUUGCUGAAAUUUGUCAACAAAAACCACGUAGUUUGAUAAGUUAUGGCUGAAUUAAAUCGAAGUCUUCAAGAAUAUCUUGCCCAGUCUAAAGGCAGUGCCAAGACGAUAUCGCAGUCCAACUCAAGUACUACCAUAGACAUCGAUGAAUCUCCUUUGGUAGCUGGGAGCUGGUUCGGUAGUUGGUCGAGCCCCUUCUCUGGUUCUGGUUCCAGCAGCAGCCGCAAUGGAGGUUCGACGGGCCAAGGAUCGAGCAGCGGCUUUUCCUGGCCGUGGUCUACGGAGCCAGACCCAUGUUUACCGGGAAUGAGUCGCUCACAACGACUUGUAGCUUUCGGUGUUUGUAUUGCUUUCUCGGCGUUGUGCUUUGGACUGUCCGCUUUGUACGCACCUUUAUUGCUGUUGUAUGCGCGCAAAUUCGCCCUUCUCUGGUCUCUCGGCUCUCUUUUUGCUAUCCUGGGAGCAGCGAUAUUGCGGGGACCCAGCAAGCUCAUAGCAAAGCCGACUCCCACUGCGGCGGUAUAUCUGUGCUCUCUUAGCGGUACACUUUACGCAGCGCUCAGCCUUCACAGCACCUUACUCACCGCCCUCGGAGCCAUUGUCCAAGUCGCAGUCAUCGUGGGGUACACUGUGUCUUUGCUGCCGGGCGGUAGCGCAGGGAUUCGAUUCAUGGGAGGGAUGGCAGCAUCUGCUAUCAAAAGGACUGUUACGGGUAAAACGAUGCCAAUUUGACCACUCGUUCAUUGAAUCCGAACGGACCUUUUGUGAAUUGGGCUGACAAGCUCACUGAUUGCACACUUGUAUACUACCAAAAGAUUCAGCAAUGGACCGACUAAGUUGAAGUCAGGGUUUUAUUCCUGCAUUUCCUCUCAAUUUACUUAUGGACCAACAAGCCCUAUGUCUUAGAUUAUAAUACUUGUACUAUACUAUGUGGACAGGCCUGUAGAAAACUGAAGUCUCAUGUAUUUUCAUUUUCCAGAAAUGUUUGACAAAUAAAAUGUACCAUGGUACAA